AAUACUCGCUGUUAUACUCCACACAAUCCACCACUCCCUCUCUCUCUACCCCCUCUCUCUCUCUAAAACCGAGUCACUCUCUGAGUCCGUGAAGCGCUCCGAGUUCGCCUCAGCGACGAGCUCAGUGAAUCGACCCCGAUCUGUAGCGUUGUGGGCUCGGUGAGCUGAGGCGCGAGCUCGGAGCUCGUUGGGGGGGAGCUGCGGAAUCGGCUCUGCAGUGGAAUGCCUUCGAUUUCCCUCCGCGAUCUCGCGUUUCCUCCCAAAUUCGACCGAUUUCGGCUCCGAUGGCGUGUCCAAACCCUAAAAGAUCGGUUUUCUCGACGAAUGCAGUGAGUUCCAUGCCAUUUUCUUCGUUUUCGGGCGCUUUUGAGCUCAGCUUCGGCCAAACUGGAGAGCUUUUAGGUUCCGGUGCUUCAUGUACAAGUUUCGUUCCCUCUAAUCGAUUCUAUUGAAGAAAUUUGAGGUUUUAUUUCACUCUGAUUCGGUUUUGGGGGCGAAUCGAGGGUUUGGAUGCUGCAAAUUGGAAAAAGGGUUCGUUUGUAGCCCCAAAUUUUGGGCGCAUUUCGUUUUUUUAAAUGAUUUUCCGAGCCGUUUUAGCUUCAAAUCGUUAGGCUUUAAUUUGUGUGGUGGUUAUUCUCUCGAGAAUGGUCAAGGGAGCUACUGACAACUUUCUCCUCGCUGAAUCAUGAGCAAAAAGGCUGGUGGAAUUAAGCUAUUGAAAUAUCUGUAAAUCGAGCCAUGCACUAUUCCGCGCUCAUUUCGUCAGUUUCUCUAAUUCUCAUUCUCCUACACCUUCCCAAUGCUGCCAAUGCUGACCUUAACUCAGACAAACAAUCCCUCCUUUCAUUUGCCGCCUUACUUCCGCAUGGUCGUAAGCUCAAUUGGAGCUCUUCCACUCCAGUCUGUACAUGGACUGGCGUUACAUGUAACGCAGCCCAAACCGGCGUCCUCACCCUCCGAUUACCUGGUGUUGGGCUCUUCGGCCAGAUCCCGCCGGACACGCUAGGCAAGCUUGACGCAUUACAAGUAUUAAGCCUUCGAUCCAACCGCUUAACUGAAGAUCUCCCCCCUGAUGUAUCAUCUCUCCCCUCUAUUCACUCUCUUUACCUUCAGCACAAUAACUUAUCAGGAAUUAUACCGACUGCUCUCUCUUCGAAUUUAAGUUUUCUUGAUCUUUCAUAUAAUACCUUUGUUGGAGAAAUUCCUUUAUCCAUCAAAAAUCUUACUUGGCUGACUUCAUUGUUUCUACAAAACAACUCCCUUUCUGGACCCAUUCCUGAUUUUCAACUUCCCAAACUAAGACGCUUGAACUUGAGCAACAAUAAUUUGAGUGGGCCUAUUCCGUCUUCGCUUCAGAAAUUCCCGGUUGACUCCUUUUUGGGUAACCCAUUUCUAUGUGGGCCACCUUUGAAGCUGUGCUUUCCAAUUUCUCCGUCGCCUUCUCCUAUAUUUCCACCGCCAAUCUCCCCUACGAGGCAUAAGAGGAGCUUCUGGAAAAGAUUAAGUACUGGGGUCAUAAUCGCUAUCGCAGCAGGAGGAUCGGUCAUACUGUUUAUAUUGGCAGUCAUAUUCUUAAUAUGCGUCUUCAAGAGGAAAGAAAGGGAGAGUAGCGGAGCUUCAAAAGGCAAGGCUAUUGCCGGUGGGAGGACCGAAAAGCCUAAAGAGGACUACAGCAGCGGUGUUCAAGAAGCCGAGAAGAAUAAAUUGGUGUUCUUUGAGGGUUGUUCCUACAACUUUGACCUAGAGGAUUUGUUGAGAGCUUCUGCCGAAGUACUUGGAAAAGGAAGCUAUGGGACUACGUAUAAGGCCAUCCUUGAAGAUGGCACUACGGUGGUGGUGAAGAGGUUGAAGGAGGUGGUGGUGGGGAAGAAAGAUUUCGAACAGCAGAUGGAGAUGAUUGGAAGGGUUGGGCAGCACCCGAAUGUUCUGCCGCUUCGAGCUUAUUAUUACUCCAAGGAUGAGAAGCUUCUUGUAUAUGAUUAUGUGCCUACUGGUAGCUUUUCUGCCUUCUUGCACGGAAAUAAAGUUGCCGGAAGAACCCCGUUGGACUGGGACGCGCGACUAAAGAUUGCCCUUGGCACUGCUCGUGGGAUCGCACACAUUCACACCGAAGGCGGCAGUGGCAAGUUCAUCCAUGGCAACGUCAAAUCCUCCAACGUCCUCCUGACGCCCGACCUUGACGCCUGCGUCUCUGAGUUUGGCCUCUCACACCUUAUGAGCGCCGCCGCCGCCACCACCUCACGGGUUGUUAUCGGGUACCGUGCGCCCGAGCUCAUCGAGACUCGAAAGGCAACCCAAAAGUCCGACGUGUACAGCUUCGGCGUCCUGCUCCUUGAGAUGCUGACCGGAAAGGCCCCGCUGCAGUCGCCGGGCCGGGACGACGUGGUCGAUCUGGUGCGGUGGGUCCACUCGGUGGUCCGCGAGGAGUGGACGGCCGAGGUUUUCGACGUGGAUCUGGUGAGGCACCCGCAUAUCGAAGAAGAAUUAGUUCAGAUGCUUCAAAUUGCAAUGGCGUGCGUCGCCAGGGUUCCCGAUCAACGCCCGAGGAUGGAGGACGUGAUUAGGAUGAUCGAGGAGGUGCGGAACUCCGACUCGGAGAACCGACCAUCGUCGGAGGAGAAGGGGAAGGACAAUAAUAACGGCCAACGAUCGUGAGGGGCAUCGGCAAACAUCGAGGAAGGAUUUAAUGUUGUAGGGAUUAGUUUGUGUAGUCAAGCAAUGAUAGAUUAGAAUCUUGUGUGGAAGAAGUUGUUUUGCUCAUAAGAGCAAUCAGGUAGAUGCAGUUUUCUUCUUGAUUAUUGAUCAUUGUUGCAGUGAAUUUGGCAUUCAUUUUUCACUUAUAUGAUUGUUGAUUUUACUUGUACUUUUUUGUUUUGUGAAAGUUAACUCUGUGAUUUAUGUAUUA